GUCAAGUUUGACCUAUGGUGACACUUUCUAAGGAUUUUCUUGCCAAGUUUUAUUAAGAGAAGGUUUCUCUUAUGCUAAGAAAAUGUGAUUUGUCCAAGGUCAGCCAGCAGGUUUGCAUAACUGUGUUGGGAUUCAAAUCCUGUUCUCUUGGAAUUCACUCAAACCAUGAUGCCAUGCUGGCUUUGCUGGGGGUAUAUCUACACUGUAAAAUUAAUGCAGUUUGGCACCACAUUAAUGAUAUGGCUCAAUGUUAUAGAAUAAUGGAAAUUGUAGUUUGGUGAGGCAACAGCACUCUUGAGCAGAGAAGGCUAAAGACCUUGUAAAACUACCACUCCCAUUAUUCCAUAACACUGAGUUGUGCUAUUUAAAAGAGUUUCAAACUGCAUUAGUUCUACGCUGUGAUGGAAGUAUCUCAUUGCUGUCUUUCUCUCUUCCCUCUUGCCUCACUUAAUAGAUAGGAAGUGAAUGGCGUGGGAAAACAAGACUGAACCCAAUGACUUUAUCCUGCUGGGUUUCUCUCAAUUCUGGGAAGUUCAACUUGUGUUAUUUAUCAUCUUUCUCCUCCUCUACAUGGCCACUCUCUUCAGCAAUAUCCUUGUUCUCCUGGCAAUCUUUCAGGAGCCUCGGCUUUCCCAUUCACCCAUGUUUUUCCUGCUGGGCCACUUGGCUUUCCUGGACCUUGGCAUAUCCUCAUUUGCAAUGCCCAGGGCUCUUGUGGACUUCCUCACCCAACAUCAAGUCAUCUCCUUCCAAGGUUGCAUGGCACAGCUCUUCUUCCUCCAUUUAUUUGGUGGCAGUGAAAUGAUCCUGCUGAUGUUCAUGGCUUAUGACCGCUAUGUAGCCAUUUGCCAUCCUCUCCAUUAUGCCUCACGCAUGAGCAGGCAUCACUGCAUAGGGUUUGUCCUCAUUGCCUGGUCUUUCGGGCUCCUCCAUACCAGUGUCCAAUUAGGCUUUGCCGUGAACAUACCUUUCUGCGGAUCCAAUCAUGUGGACAGCUUCUUCUGUGAUAUGCCUUUGCUCAUCAAGUUGGCUUGCAUGGACACGUAUCUUCUGGAGGUCAUGAUGGCAGCCAACAACGGCAUCCUAACCCUGGUGAGUUUGGCUGCCUUGCUUCUCUCCUACGGGCUUAUUCUCUACACAAUCUGCUCCCGGGGCACUCCUGGGGGGACCUCCAAAGCCAUCUCCACGUGCACUUCCCACCUCAUUGUGGUCUCCAUGUAUUUUGGACCCAUUAUGUUUAUUUACCUCCAGCCCAAUAUCCAUUCCCUUUUUGAUAAAGUGCUUUCUGUCUUCUAUACAUCCGUCACCCCUUUCAUGAACCCUACGGUGUAUGCUUUGAAGAACAAGGAGAUGAAAGCUGCCAUGAGGAAGUUGUUGACAAAACGUUCUGGAGUGUUUUCUACUCAGAUUGUCACCAUUCAGCCAGGAGGGCUAUUUUGUUGGAAACCUAACAAGAAGACUCUUCCCUUGAAGGCCAGCCUUAAUCCAAUGUCACUUACAAGAUCUGUAGUGGCAAGAGUGGAGAAGGGGUUUAUAGAGCCAAGAGACAGACUGGGAACAAACAACUAA